CAACCGUAGUUCGACAUUUGGCCCCAUCAUGACUUGCCGACGGAGAACUCUGAUCGUCGCUGUUGCCGCUCUGCUGAUAUGCACAGGAAACAUCCACGCGGACAAUUUCACACAGACAUCGACAGAUAGACCGAAUCCAGUUCGAACAACCAAUACUCCGACUACGUCGCCUCCCACGUCGCCUCCCACGACAUCACCUCCACCUGUGACCUCAGCACCGACGACCGCACCUGUGACCUCAGCACCGACGACCGCACCUGUGACCUCAGCACCGACAACCGCACCUGUGACCUCAGCACCGACGACCGCACCUGUGACAUCGGCUCCGACGACACCGCCGCCCGCACCAUCAACACCACCUCCCACAACUACUCCUGUAGCGCCCACACCGCCUCCUCCUAGCUCGACGACGCAUGAACCUCCAGCGACAACGUCGCCCCCUGCUCCUGAGACGACCUCGACGCCGCCACGUCCUACCGCGUUGAACAUCAACCCUUCUACCACAGCACCUCCCCCUCCGACAUCGACGGAAGCACCUCGGGCGCCCGAAACCACUCCACCUCCGUUGCAUUUACCCGACGAGAACGACGUCGUUGGCUCAUACGAUCCGUCGCUGUCCUUACCGUCGGCGUCGUCCAUCGCACCUCGUAAGUCGGUUGAUCCCAGUUCCAGCAGUCAAGAAGAAGCGCAUGUCACGGAUGACGCGACCAACACCAAGUACAUCAUCAUCCUUGGGUCGGUCAUCGCCGGAGUGGUUUGCAUCGUCUUGGCCGCCGUGUUGGUUCGCCGCCGCUUUCAACGUGCCAGCGAAAGCGACAAGUCGCUAUUCGUGGACACGCAGCGCGGGUCCAUGGCGUUCAUGGAGUCGACCCGCCAGUCUUCCGUGCCUGUCCUGCAGUCCAACAGCCGAGUGUACGGGAAGUCCCACCUGCUCCCGCCGCCGACAAAUUCCACGCCCAUGCAGCGGAGCCAGUCCCGACGAGACCAAUCGUCGCAGGAACCCAUGUACCGGCUAUCGUCGAUUCAUCAUGCCCCCGACAGCUUCAACCAGCCCACCAACAUGACGCGCAUCUCGGAAGCUGAAAACAGCGACGGAUCGUCCGCGACCACGACGUCCGACGUCCCAGGUGGGUUUGCCACCGAUGUCCGCGGCACGGACGACCUGUGCCGCUUCACGCAAGCCUCGGACCAGUACAGCGAAGGCACGUACGAUGAUGACUACGGCAACGGCAGCCGGUUCCCGAGCGACAUGAGUCGGGAAACCGAUUGGUCCAUCGGCAGCAAAGGCGCCGAGAAUCCGGGGCCAACCCUCGCCGCCACCGAGUGGGGGGCGCCACCGCCAUCCCAAGACCACCGAACCACCGAUGACCUGCUGUACAGCGGCCGCAGCCUCAUCUCCAUCGACGACUCGUCCGUGCGUGGGUCCUCCGACGCGUGGCUGGACUCGUCGCGGUUCAAUGCGAUAGUGUCCUCAGACGUACAUACCUUUUAAGUACCAUCCACCCCCGUUAGUAUGUAUGGUAGUGUGAGUAGCCUUAUUAGUCGAUUAUAUAUGGUCCUGUCGUGUUGUUUGUAUUGGC